AUGACAAAUUCUUUUAAGCAAGGUGUUAAGUCAAGAGGAAAAUUUAAGGAUAUUUCUAAUAAUGAUGAUUCUAUGCAUCUUCAAGAUCAUACUGACGUUACAUCAGGAAAUAUUCCGGAAGUAACUAGUAUUGCUGAAAUUUUACCAAACCUCAUUCAAGUCUUUAACUUCAAAUAUCCUAUCACUUAUUGGUAUCCAACUUGGCGUGAACUUCUAUCAAUUUGUUAUUUGUUAGAGAAUUUAACUAAUGAUGAGGAUUGUAGCAAAUUAAGUUCCUAUAACGAAACAUAUCUUCUUGAAUUAUUUUGGCAAUAUAUUUUAGGUAUUAAUCAAAAAGCUCAAAAUGAGAUUUUAAAUAAUCAAAAUGAAACUCUUGAAUUUAUGAAUAUAUGGACAAAUGAAGAACCAAUAGCACCACCAAAUUCAUUAUGGUUUGGAAUUUUAGAACUUGCUCAACAUUUAAGCCAAAAACAACUCAAAUU